CGUUGACGGAGAACGACUGGAACAUGAUCACGAAGCUGCGCGACAUGCUGGAGAAGGAGCGAGAGCAGUUCCGCCUCAAUGAGCGAGAGCUCGUCGAGAAGACACAGGAAGUCGAUUCCAUGAGGUCACAAAUGGACAGAGUCUCGCAGAUAUGUAGCGAGUUGCGCCGAAAGAACAAGAUCGUGCAGACGCAGGGGCGCCUCCUGGUGGAGGAGAAAGCAGACUUACAGGCGCAUCUGCACGACGUCGAUCAGAAGCUGAAGCGACUAAGAGAGAAGCUGGGAUUGGACGAUAAG